AUGGCUUCAUCCUCCGUGCUUGCUGACGCUCUUGAUAGUAUUCCAUUGUUGAUCACAGCAUCUGAAUCAAUCAUGGGUGCUGCUAGGAUUCUUUGGAAGGAUGAAACAAAUGGCGAGCUCAAGUCAUUUUACUCGAACGUCAAAACCCUUUGUUUUAUCGUGAACUCCCAUUGGAAGCACGUCAGCGAUGUGGCGAAUGGAAUUGAUGCAGAUCUCAUCCAUAGAACUUUGAAUCAUCUGGAAUCCAUAAUUGCAUCCAAAGUUCUCGAUUUGCCCCUCUAUAAAACAUGUCUAAAUGCCCCGCGUUACGAUAAAUUACGCGCCUUCAAUCGACAUUGGGAAAGGAUUCAGAAACAGAGCGACAAUGAUAAGUCCAUCCAAUAUAUCAGAUCAUAUAUUGAAUUCGGAACGAACGCGGAAGAACGCGACCGGCUCCUCCAAUUGUCGGACGAGUGGCAAGAAGAACUCCGAGCACGUUUCCCUGAGAACCAACCUGGCUGGGCAUUUAAAGAGCUUUCUACCAAUACGAGUGUUGGAUCAUCAUCCAUCGCCGUGUGGAACGCAGUGCAGUCAAUUUUCAAGGCUUUUGUGGCCUGUAGCAACUGCAAAUGCAUACCAACCCACGAUAUCAUGGCCCGACUUCGCUUAGGUACAUACCGGAAGAACAAUAUACGCAGGGAAGGAGAUACUGACGAAUGUCUCGACUUCGACAUGCUCCUUUCCAUGAGGCAAAGCUGGACGGAAGCUCAUGUAUCCAUGGUGAACGAGAUAAAAGCGAGAGCUGUACAAAUCCAAAACAGUAUACCAAUUGGGCAACACAGAGGACAUAAAAAGUCGACCAAGAUAAAACAAAUGAGGGUAAAACAACUUUGUGAGCUGAUUGAGAAGAUCAAAAUUGCGGCUCUUCGACUUAAGCUUAAAGUGACCGGAGACCAGAUAUUUAAGCUUCAAUCUGAGAAGAGCACAUUCCUCGGCGAUAAAGCCAAGGGCCCUGUCACGUUGGAAAAAUGUCUUAGAUCACACUCUCUCACCGAUAGAACAAGACGUAUUCUGGCGGUGAUGCUCAGCUACGCUGUGCUUUACCUACACGAUACUCCCUGGCUGCAACCUACAUGGAGCUCUUCGCACGUCUUAUUUUUCCCCACAGCUUCUUCAGCCAUUCCCUUACAGCCAUUCAUCCAAACUCAUCUAGCGAGUCCUUACGAAUCUAGCCAGGACUCGUGCACCGACCCGGACGACCUUGAUCCUGAUUGGGUUCAUCACUGUCCGCAUCUGGUGACACUGGCAGUGAUACUAAUGGAACUUUAUGUUGGCGCCCCCUUCGAUACCUUGGCUAGGCGGUAUAUUGAAGAACCCGGGGGCGAUACUCAAUCAUCAACCUACCCACGAAGUUUUGCUUUUGUCAACGAGGUUUUCGAUGCAUGUAAAGCUCAAAUCCACGAUUCUUACCAAUUUCAUGACGUCGUGGAGAAAUGUCUGGACCCCACUAGCUGGGAAGACGAAGAUGGAAAUAAAUUGGACAAUCAGACAUUAAUGUCGAAGAUUUAUCAAGAAAUUGUCAAGCCACUAGAAACUGAAUUAUACCAGAGCUUUGAAAAAAUCUCCAGCGACGAUCUUGACGACUUUGCAAAGGGCAUCGACAUUGUAAACUGGGACCAAAAUAUACUACAGCAGGCUCAAACUGAGACGCCAGAGGACUACGCGCAGGGUGUCGAACAAACCCAUGAUCUUAAUCCACCUAGAUUUAUGUUACCAUUUGAUCCUCCACGAUCUUCUGCGAGCAAUCUUUUGGGUCAAUUGUUGGAAAACCGUCAGCAUGGACGACAUUCGAAUAAUGCUACUAGGUCUCCACAUGACAGUCCGCGAGCAACAAUGAUAAAUGACGAAUACCGAGCUUCUCAAUUUUUCGACGACGAAACCAUCUCUGAAGCACACACUAAUGACGCGCGCUUAAAAUACGAUAACUGGAAAACUCAAUACAGUGAAGUCUACAAGAAAUUCAUUCCAGAGGAUCUGCAUCACCCCAGCAUCAAAAUUGCGAUUCUCGACACAGGUAUCGACAUACAGCAUCCAGACAUUGAUGCACAGGUUGAACAAAUUAAAGACAGGUAUAACUGGCUCAACGAGAAUAGAGCCGCGAACGUGCGUGUGGUCACUGACAGGAGCGGCCAUGGAACGUUCACGGCAAGGCUGAUUCUCGAUUAUGCGCGUGAUGCUCAGCUCUAUGUCGCCAAAAUAGCUGAUGAUACACCAUCAAAACCCAGUGUGGUUGCCAAAGCUAUUAAUCAUGCAGUGUCUACUUGGGAAGUAGACAUUAUCUCAAUGUCAUUUGGCUUCACUACAUGUGAUAUGGAUGAUUACCACGAACUCGAAGAUGCCCUUGCAAAUGCUCAUGCGAAACGUGUGUUGCUUUUUGCCGCAGCCUCGAAUAGUGGAGGGAAGCGGGGCCGCGCAUACCCAGCUCGCGACCAGAAUGUCAUUGCCAUUCAUGCGACUGAUACAGAUGGUAAUCGGUCGAGAUUUAGCCCUACAGCGUUGUCUCACGACAUUAAUUUGGCGACGGUCGGCGAAGCUAUUGAGUCAGCGUGGCCAACAAAUCUACCGGGCAACUCUGAUUCAGGAUUUCUUAGAUGCAAAUCUGGCACGUCGUAUGCGACUCCAAUUGCGGCUGGGAUUGCAGGGUUUCUCUUGUUAUAUACAAAGAUAUAUUUACCAGAUAAAGCUGACGCGCUGAAGAGUCGGCGGAGGAUGCAAGCGCUGUUGAAGCGAGUUGCUGAGAAAGAGGCGGGACAGACGGCGAGAGAUGGUUAUCACUUCAUCGCUUUGAGCUUGCAUCGCGAUAGUUUGUUUGGCAAGGGCAAAAAUUAUAUUGACGAGACGAUUCGGGAUGUCUUGAAUACAUAA